AUGAGCGGCGGUUUCGCGGACUUCACCAGUUGUGCUGAGGAGGCGUGUGAGGAAGUCGGCCUCGUGGGCCCCAGACCACCGGCGAGGGGUGGCGAGAUGGAUCGUGUCUUCACCGGCGACUCGCCCGAUGAUGAGGGCGAGUCGAAACUUAGUGCGACCCAGGCCCGUUGUGAGGUGGACCUCAUGCGCCUGGAAACGGAGAAGAAGGGUGAGAAGCAGGAUGCGAUCCGACUUAGUGGGAGGGACGGCGGCAAGGCCAUCAACGGGGUCGGCACUGGCUCGACAACACGCUGGACUGAUGACCUUGAUGCUGCUUGCCAGGUGGUCUUGGAGGACAGCCAGGACGCGCACAGUGUCGGAAUCGGUGACAUGAUAGGCAUCGGUGAGCAAGACUGCGACGGCAGAAGCGGUGAGGCAGGCGACGGAAUGAAGAGGCUGGAGCCG